CCUUGGCCUUCUCUUUGUAAACAUUUCAAACACCCUUCCCUCCCCCCUACUAUCCUUAUCCAUUUGUUUUAGCUUUAAUUAACUUAAUUCAUUCCUCCUCCUCUUCUCUCCCAUUAACUUGAUUUCUUGUUUGGAUUAGAAGGAACUAAAUGGAAAGAAACACCAGUUCCAAGUCUGACCUUCCUCCUGGUUUCAGAUUCCACCCUACAGAUGAAGAAUUAAUCAUGUUUUACCUCAAAAACCAGGCCAAAUCAAAGCCAUGCCCUGUUUCGAUAAUCCCAGAAGUUGAUAUUUACAAAUUUGAUCCAUGGCAACUGCCUGACAAAGCAGAGUUCGGUGAAAAUGAAUGGUAUUUUUUCAGCCCUCGAGAUCGAAAGUACCCGAAUGGGGUUCGUCCGAACAGAGCCACUGUUUCAGGGUACUGGAAGGCUACUGGCACGGAUAAAGCUAUACACAGUGGUUCUAAAUACGUUGGGGUGAAGAAAGCUCUUGUUUUCUACAAUGGCAGACCACCAAAGGGUGUCAAAACUAAUUGGAUUAUGCAUGAAUAUAGAUUAAGCGAUUCGCAUAAACAAAUCAAGAAACAUAAUGGAUCCAUGAGAUUGGAUGAUUGGGUACUGUGUAGAAUUUACAAGAAGAAGAAUUCAGCUGAGAAAAUUAUGGAUCACAAAGUUGAAGAAUCAAAUACCCAAAUUGAUAGGGUAGGGUAUUCAAAUGAUGAUAGUGAAAGUCAAGAACUGUUGAAAUUCCCAAAAACAGGCUCCUAUUCUCGUUUGUUGGAGUUGGAUUACAUGGGUCCAGUUUCCCAUCUUUUAAAUGAAAAUACAUACAUUUCGAGCUUUGAUUUCCCUAACACCAUAGCUAAUACAGGGAUUGAAGAUGUUGAGAAGCUACAGCUUGGAAACAUACCUUACAAUUACAGUACCGAGUCAGGGAAUUUUCAAGUGAAUCAGAAUGGGAUCUUAAUGAAUCCCAUGGUGUAUCAAUUUCAGUAAUAUUUGUUCAUUACAUUAGUUUUUCACCUUCACCAAAUAUUGGAUUGUCUAGAAAUGUAAAAAAUUGGAUCACCUUUAUCCGUUCAAAAAAAUUGUGAAAAAAACUACUGUUUCAUGAUA